UUUUGCCCAGGCUGGUCUGAAACUCCUAGGCGUAAACAGCCCUCCCGCCUCCUUCUCCCAAGUUGCUGGGAUUACAGGCUUGAGUGUCUCUGCCUAGCCUAAUCUUCCUCUCUAACUGUAACACUGACCAAGACUAACCUCUCUCAGUCCCCCAUUCCCUCCUGCCCUCCCCACCCUCUGAUAAUCACCCUUCUACUGUCUACUUCUAUGAAAUCAACAUUUUUAGAUUCCAGAUAUGAGUGAGAUGCUGCUGUGUUUGUCUUGCUGUGCCUGGCUUAUUUCACUUAACGUUUGUCCUCCAUGUUCAUCCAUUUACCAGGUUUAUCCGUUGUUACUGCAAAUGACAAAAUUUCAUUCUUAUGGCUGAGUAGUAGUCAUCGUUGUUGUCUGUAUAUGUAUAUGUGUGUGUAUAUAAAUAUAUACACCACAUUUUUAUCCAUUCAUCUGUAGAUGGGCAUUUAGGUUGAUUCCUGUGUUGGCUAUUGUGAAAAAUACUGCAAUAAGCAUGGGAGUGCAGUUGUCUUUUUGGUAUACUGACUUCAUAUCCUUUGGAUAUGUACCCAGUGAUGGGAUUGCUGGAUCAUAUGGUUGCUCUAUUUUUAAUUUUUUGAAUUUCCAUACUGUUUUCCAUAAUGGCUCUACUGAUUUGCAUUCCCACCAAUAGUGUACAGAUAUACCUAAGAGAUAAUUGCAGAUUUGGUUCUGGACCACUGCAAUAAAGCAAAUAUCACAAUAGAACAAGUCAGAAAAAGUUUUUGGUUUCCCAGUGCAUGUAAAAGUUACAUUUACACUAUACUAUAGUUUAGUAAGUGUACAGUACCAUUAUGUCUAGAAACACAGUGUAUAUACCUUAAUUUAUAAAUACUUUAUUGCUAAAAAAAAUACAAUCAUCUGAGCCUUUAGCAACUCCUAGUCUCUGUGCUGGUAAAGAGUCUUGCCUUGAUGUUGAUGGCUACUGACUGAUCAGGAUGGUGCCUGCUGACUGCUGGGGUUACUAUGAUAGUUUCUUAAAGUAAGACAGCAAUAAAGUUUGCCACAUUGAUUAACUCUUUCACGAGAGUUCCCUGUAGUAUGCGAUGCUGCUAAUUGACAGCAUUUUACCCACAAUAGAACAGGUUUCAAAAUUGGAGUCAGUUCUUUCAAAGCCUGUCACUGCUUUAUCAACUAAAUUUAUGUAAUGUUCUAUUAGUACAUCCUUUGUUGUCAUUUCAGCAAUGUCCACAGCAUCUUCAUGAGUAGAUUCCAUCUCAAGAAACCACUUUCUUUGCCCAUCCAUAAGAAGCAACUCCUCAUCCGUUCAAGUUUUAUCCUGAGAUUGCAACAAUUCAGUCAAAUCUUCAGGCUCCACUUAUCAACAGAAAAUAAGAAAAUUAUCUCUCUGGAAGAUAAAGUUGUAGACUUUAGAGAAAAAGACUCAUCUUUGAAUUUAUCUUAUCAAAGUCAUGACUGCUCUGGUGCUUGUCUGAUGAAAACGCCACUCACCUUGAAGGGAGAAAACCCUCUGCAGCUGCCAAUCAAAUGUCACUUCCAAAGACGACAUGCAAAGACAAACUCUCAUUCUUCAGCACUCCAUGUGAGUUAUAAAACCCCUUGUGGAAGGAGUCUACGAAACGUGGAGGAAGUUUUUCGUUACCUGCUUGAGACAGAGUGUAACUUUUUAUUUACAGAUAACUUUUCUUUCAAUACCUAUGUUCAGUUGGCUCGGAAUUACCCAAAGCAAGAAGAAGUUGUUUCUAAUGUGGAUAUUAGCAAUGGAGUGGAAUCAGUGCCCAUUUCUUUCUGUAAUGAAAUUGACAGUAGAAAGCCCCCACAGUUUAAGUACAGAAGGACCGUGUGGCCUCGAGCUUAUUAUCUAACCAACUUUUCCAGCAUGUUUACUGAUUCCUGUGACUGCUCUGAGGGCUGCAUAGACAUAACAAAAUGUGCAUGUCUUCAACUGACAGCAAGGAAUGCGAAAACUUCCCCCUUGUCAAGUGAUAAAAUAACCACUGGAUAUAAAUAUAAAAGACUACAGAGACAGAUACCUACUGGCAUUUAUGAAUGCAGCCUGUUGUGCAAAUGUAAUCGACGAUUAUGUCAAAACCGAGUCGUCCAACAUGGUCCUCAAGUGAGGCUACAGGUGUUCAAAACUGAGAAGAAGGGUUGGGGGGUACGCUGCCUGGAUGACAUUGACAGAGGGACAUUUGUUUGCAUUUAUUCAGGAAGAUUACUAAGCAGAGCUAACACUGAGAAACCUAAUGGUAUUGAUGAAAACAGGAGAGAUGAGAAUACUGUGAAAAAUGUAUUUUCAAAAAAGAGGAAAUUAGAAGUUGCAUGUUCGGAUUGUGAAGUUGAAGUUAUCCCAUUAGAACUGGAAACACAUCCUAAAAGUGCUAAAACUGAGAAGUAUUCACCAAAGUUCAGUAAUAAUCCCAAGGAGUUUACUAUGGAAAUGAAGUAUAGCAAUAUUUCAAGAAUUCGAUAUCAUUCAGUUAUUAGAGGUCCUGAAUCCAAGACAGCCAUGUUUCAACACAAUGGGAAGAAAAUGGAAUUUGUUUCCUCAGAGUCUGUCACUCCAGAAGAUCAUGAUGGAUUUAAACCAACCCAAGAACAUCUGAACUCUGAAACCAAGGGAGCACAAAAGAACUCAAGUUCAAACCAUGUUGAUGAUUUUGAAGAUAAUCUGCUGAUUGAAUCAGAUGUGAUAGAUAUAACUAAAUGUAGAGAAGAAACUCCACCAGGGAGCAGAUGUAACCAGGCAACCACAUUGGAUAAUCAGAAUAUUAAAAAGGCAAUUGAGGUUCAAAUACAGAAGCCCAAAGAGGAAUGGUCUACAACAUGUCAAAAACAGCAGGUCUUUUGUGAUGAAGAAUUGCUAAGUGAAACCGAGAAUACGUCAUCUGAUUCUCUAACAAAGUUCAAUAAAGGGAAUGUGUUUUUAUUGGAUGCCACAAAAGAAGGAAAUGUUGGCCGCUUCCUUAAUCAUAGUUGUUGCCCAAAUCUCUUGGUACAGAAUGUUUUUGUAGAAACACACGACAGGAAUUUUCCAUUGGUGGCAUUCUUCACCAACAGGUAUGUGAAAGCAAGGACAGAGCUAACAUGGGAUUAUGGUUAUGAAGCUGGGACUGUGCCUGAAAAGGAAAUCUUCUGCCAAUGUGGGGUUAAUAAAUGUAGAAAAAAAAUAUUAUAAAUAUGUAGCUAAUGCCUGUUUGUCAAAUUAGCUUAUCAGGCUGAAAUUAAAGCCAUGCAAAAGAAGGUAAAGGUCCAUCGAGAUAAUUCCCCUUCGUUUCCUUUGUCAUUGGGUUCAUAUUUUAUUUCAGAUUUUAUUUGUGUGACUUAAAGAAAUUCCAGGAACACAAUUAGGACAUUUUCAUACACAUAGGGUAUCUCAUUCACUGCUGUGCAGCUUUACAUGAAUAGGAUGGAAGCAUAUAUUUUAUAUGAAAUACCACUCUCCAACUUAUAAUUUAUUUAAAAAUUAUAUAUUAAGAGAAACAAAUGUCAUAACAAAACUCAACUGUUUCUAAUUGCUUUUGUGACUGUUACCUUUUAGUUCAUGCCCCAAAGAGCUAAAUUUCACACUUUUACCUACGAAAUUGAUUUUUAAUUCCUGGAAAAUCAUUUACCAUUAUGAGCUACAAGGUGGACAACAGUGCCUGAGGAACUCAUUUUAAACAUAUUACUCCCAAGUAUUUUAACACUUGUUGGAGAAGCGAUACUUGGAUCCAUAAAACACUGUCCCAUCAACCAUUUGAGUGCGGAAAGGAAGAAGCUCUUCUCUAAGAUUCUGGCAGACUCUUUGAGAUGAAUCUUCUUUUCCAUGGAUAUUCUCUACUCUUUCAAUACAAACAUAGGAAAAGAGGGAAUAGAAGCCUGGAAGAACUUGAAUAUUUUUGUUCUAGAUAGAUUAGAUAUAGUUAUUGAAAAGGAAGCCUAGAAAGUAGUCAAACUUGGCUUAUUUAGGCCAGAAGGAAUUGAGGUGGGCAAGAAUUUCACUUAAACACAAGAAGGCCAGGCAUGGUGGCUCUCACCUAUAAUCACAACACUUUGACAGGCGGAGGCAGGUGGAUUACUUGAGCCUAGGCGCUCGAGACCAGCUUGGGCAACAUGGCAAAACCCUGACUCUACAAAACAGAAAAAUUAGCCGGGCUUGAUGGCAUGUGCCUGUAGUCCCAGCUACUCAGGAGUGAGGUGGGAAGAUCAUUUGAGCUCGGGAGGUCAAGGCUGCAAUGAGACGUGAUUUCACCACAGCACUAACAGCCUGGGCAAUAGAGCAAGACCCUGUCUCAAACAAAAAACACACACACACAAGAAAAGAAAGCAAUUCUGAACUGUGAAAUAUGAAAUAGCUCCUUAGUAUCUCCUGAGCAUGACUUGCAAAUUGUUUUUUUAGAGAAAAAAGAGUAAGCACUUUACCAUAGGUUACUUGGCCCUGAUCAUCUAUCUAGUGGAAAGGGGGACUGGGAAGCCCAAGCAGACUGGGAAAUCAGACAGCUAGGAAAAGUAGCAAAACAGCCCAGCAAGCUGCUGAUGAGGAAAGUUGAGAAAUCCAUUUAUUCACUGUAGAGAUGCAGGAGUUUCAGACAGUGUACUAAAAUGAAGUGAAAAAAAAAACUUGAAUCAAUAUGGGAGAUAUUUUUGUGCAAAAGGAAAUAUUGUGGAUCAGACAGUAUUCCUUUGAGCUCUGCCUGUGGAGUCCAUUUGACCUUUAGAAAUAUGAGGUAUUCUGUCAGUUUUAUCCUCUUGGAGAAAUUUCUCCUGAAAUGUUGAUUUGCUUUAAUCUGGACUGGUUCACAGCUAUCAUCUUUCAUCCAUAACUCAGAGAUUCCCUUUGUCUCUUAUGUUGGACCCAUUUCCAGUUAGAUCCCAUUAUUUUCCUUUUCCUUUGUUUACUCUUCCACAUAUUGGUAAAGCUCUUCUGAUAGCUUUUGAAAAGGAAAAGUUAGAAGUAAAUGUUUUGAAUCUCUGUGUGUUUGAAAAUGUCUUUAUUUUACCCUUACACUUGAUUGCUGUUUUGGUUGGCGAGGUAUAGAAUUAUUGAAUGGUCUCCAUGCCCAGUUUUGAAGGCAUCUGCUAGCUUUCAGUGUUACUGGUGUGGAGUGUGAAAAUGUACUGUCUUCUGGCUUCCAGGGUGACUACUGGAAAUUGAAUGUCAUUCUGUUCCUCCUCUUUUGCAUAUAUAAUCCAUUUGUAUCUCUCUUGAAGCUUAUAGGUUUAUCUUUGUCUCAGUGUUCUGCCCCUGUUAAGAUUUUCAUCCUUUGUACUAAGUGCCUGGUGGGAUCAUUCAGUCUGAAACUAAUGAUUUUCCAUCUGUUCUCUCUUUCUGGAAUUCCUGUUUCCCAGAUGUUAGACCCCCAGAAUUGAUCCCUAAUUUUCCUAUGUUUUCUCUUAACUUACAGUUCUGUCUUCUUGCUGGGACCUUUACCUAGGACCAUUUCUUAAUUUAAUCUUCCAGUUCAUCGGUUGCAUUUUAUUUUUCUAGUUUCAUAUUUCUAAGAGCUCCCCAUCUCUGAAUACUCUUUUUUUAAAUAGCAUCCUAUUUUAGUCAUGUUUGCAGUAUUUUAUCUUUUAAGAUAUUUGUGUGUAUGUGUAUGCACACAUCUCUCUAUUCUUUCCGCAUAAUCUCUGUCUUCCAGAGUUUGUUUCUUUGUUUCCCCUGUAUGUCUGUUUUGGUCUUGAUCUUCCACAUUAUAGGCUUUCCUCAGAGUUAAUGGUCUUGGUAGUCUACUCCUAUUUAAAUGUGGAACAUCAAAAAGCUUAUUGUAAGCUGAGAGUAUGGUAAAGGGCUCUUUGUCUUACUGUGACCUACCUGAGCUACUUUGCUGGGGAACACCCUAAUGUCAGUCUCUUUAGGGCUUUUCUUUUUGACUUGGCAAGAAAUACUCUUCCAUCCUCCUGCAUGGAGGGCAAAAAAAAAUUGGCUGCUAGGGUCUACUCACUUCCUUUUUUUGCAGACCCCACACUCUUGCUUCUGCAAUUAAUUUCAUAGUUGUCAAAUUGUCCUUUUUAAUAUUUCUCUUCUGCUGUCCCAGUUUGCAAUCUUCCUCUUUACAACCUGCUGAAAGUGUAAGAUCUCCAGUUUUCUUUUAAUUCCUCAGCAAACCACCAACUGUUGCGUCUUUUUUCCAGAACAACUUAUUUUGUAACUAUGAUUAUACGCAUUUCUGUUCUUUACCUGUAUAUUUGUUAGAUGCACUAAAAACCUCGACUUGUAUGGUGCUCUGUACCCUAUGGGUGCUAAAUAAAGGCUUGCUACUGGCAA